AUGGCUCCAGACCUCAACUCUCUCCCUCCAUCUCGAUCAUCCACUUCAUCCCCGCUACAACCACGCACCAACAGCACAUGGUCAACAGCUGCCAUUGAAGCACACCACAGUAACGGAAAUAAUCCUCAAGCACCAUCUCCAAGAUCAUCCAGUGCCGCGCCCACAAUGAAUAACAUCUCAACCGACUUGUCGCACCGCUCGUCCCUCAGCAGUAGCCUCCGCAGCUCGUCGCAUAGCAACAGACCCUCGGUUUCAGAAGGCCGUCGACGAUCAGGUAUUGGGAUGCAUUUGAAUCUGAAUGAUCCAAACCCGUUGGGUGCUGAUAAUCAUCAUCAUGAGCACCGCUCGCCAUCAUUCAGCAACUUUUUCCGCACUGCUAGUCCUACGAGCUUGGGAGGUAGUCCAAUUAUUGGGAUUGGUGACCCCCACCACCAACGAGCACCGUCGCUAGGAGAGCUACACCAAGAGCUUGAACAGGAACAAGAGGCACAAGUGAACAGAUUACUCCAAAUGAUUCGACAACAGCAAGUUCAGCUACAGCAACUACAGCAACAGCAACAGAACCAGCCAUCGAACUCUGGAACAGCCAUCGUCGAUGAUAUUACGCCAAGCUCUGAACGUUCACAAUCCUUUCCAACAGUCCCACCGCUCCCAACACCAGGCUCUCGCUCGAUGCAGCAAGUACAAUCAUCUUUUUCCACUCGCCGAGGAUCACGAGCAUCAGAAACAAUGUCGCCCAGAUUGAGUGCUGUGCCACACUCCGCACAGUCCAGCCCAGCCAUAGACCCGGUACACAGCAGCGUUGGUUCUGAGUGGUCCAUUCUGGGUGGCGGAAAUGAAGCGGCAAUACCUUCAUCGUCGGCUCGCCGCAGCAGCCGCGACGAAAGCGUAUUUUAUCAGGCUGAAGCUGCAAUGUUGACUCGGGAGAACCAAAUGCUUCAAAUGCGGAUACGGGAGCUUGAGCGUCAGCUUAAUGAGUUGUCUUCAGCAGCAAACAAUAACGAUCAUGGCAGUGGUGGUGGUGCUUCUACUGGUGAGACUGUCGCUGCUGUGUCUGAAGCUGAGGGGCCAGAAAAGACUUGA